AUGGAAGCCUUCAACUUUGCGACGUCACUCGACUUGACGGAGUUGUCGGUGCAUGUGAAGAUAGACCGUCUAGAUGGGAACCAGAAGCAAAUACCGUACUCAGCGCUGCUGCGGCGGCCUGAUCUCAGGCACCGAGCUUCAAACAUCAGUCCCCAUUUUGAACUCUACGUGACGGCACAAAUAUGGGCUGAUAGCAAACCGCUCACCAUCCCCGUCCAGACCGCCUACAAGUCUUUCAAAAACGCGCGCGUGUGGAAUGAAUGGCUCGAGAUUCCAGUCUCCUAUGCCAACCUCCCCGCCUCGGCGCAGCUCGCUAUCACACUAUGGGACCUUUCACCGCUCGAAGACGCCGACUCGAACAUGCAUGCUGUGCCCUUUGGCGGCACCACGAUACCGCUGUUCGACAAGGACAACACCCUGCAAAAGGGCCGGCAGCGAUGCAGGAUUCAUCGUCAUAAGGCUGCAGACGGGCUUUCAAAUACAACGACACCGUCAGUGAUACCGCCUGCACGAAAGAGUCGAAAGGCUCCGGCUGUCGAGGAUACAGUCGAUGAGCAGAUCGCUGAGAUGCAGAGGCUGGAAGAGCUGUUGAAAAAGCAGGAGAUGGGUGACCUGCCAACGAAUGCAUGGCUUGACAACCUUGUUUACAAGAAGAUGACGAAGAUUCGCAGUGACGCACUGAAGGCCGAGGCAGCUGCAUUGAACCGUCGCAAGGGCACAGACGGCACCAUCAAUGGCACCGCCACUGAUGAUUCGGACGUGGAAUUAUUCUAUCUCGACAUUGAGUUCCCGCGCUUCGAUCAUGCCAUUGUAUUUACCGACGUCGAAUACCCGCCGCCACCAAUAUCAGAUCUACGGCUUCCUGCAGAGUCAGACAUCCGGUUGCGCCCGCCCCCGGAAGUAUCAUUUGGUCCCGGCAUUGACGUAGAUGGAAUCGGCUAUGGGGAUUCCGACGCUGGUAGGCUCAUUAAGAUCUACGACCCCGAGAUCGGCCGAAGAGUCAAUCCAGCCGAAGACAAGCAUCGUGAGCUGAUGCGCAGUCAGCAGACGGAUUCACUGGACCGUGACAGAAAGCCCAAUGUGCACGUGCGCGACAAGCUGAAUCUUUUGAUGGCAAAGGGCCCGCUCGAGGAAAUCACAUCACACGAGAGGGAUGACAUAUGGAAGUUCAGAUAUUUCUUGCUGCGCGACAAGCGUGCUUUGACCAAAUUCGUCAAGUGCGUCAACUGGAAGAGUCCAAGAGAAGCUCGCCAAGCUGCGCCCUUACUUGACAAGUGGGCUGAGAUCGAUGUGGACGACGCUCUUGAACUUCUCGGUCCGCACUUCGAUCACCCAGUCGUGCGAAGCUAUGCUGUCGAACGUCUUAAGAAGGCCGACGACGAGGAGCUACAAUUGUACCUGCUUCAGCUUGUGCAAGCGCUGAAGUACGAGGCAGCGGGGGAAGGUGAUGACUCCUCUCUUGCACGCUUUCUGGUCACACGAGCUGCCAGCAGCUUUGCGCUAGGAAACUUCUUCCACUGGUAUCUGAUGGUUGAGAUUAGCGACAUGAGCACCGAUCAAGAACCAGAGCACCGCGAUUUAUUCGCCAAGGUUGAGUACGACUUCAUGGUCGAGCUUGAAAAGACGCCUGAGGGUGUCGAGACCCGCAACGCCUUCCGCCGUCAAGGUGAGCUGCUCACCAUCUUGGCCAAGAUUUCGAAAGACGUGCGCUUCGGCGGCGGCGAUCGACCCACGAAACUCGCCCGCCUCAAGAAGGCGCUUGCCGACCCCAAGAACGAACUUACAAACUUCGAGCCUCUCCCACUGCCACUCGACCCCUCGGUCUACAUCACCGGCAUCGACUCUGAGGACUGCAACGUACUGAAGUCCUCACUUUUACCUAUUGUCCUCAAUUUUCGCACCAGUCACUCGCAGAAGUACCCCAUCAUCUUCAAAUUCGGUGAUGAUUUGCGCCAAGAUCAGCUCGUCAUCCAGAUCAUUACACUUAUGGACCGACUUCUGCGCAAAGAGAAUCUCGAUCUGAGACUAACGCCCUACCGUAUCCUCGCGACCUCCACCUCCGCAGGCGCCUUCCAAUUCGUGCCCUCCAUGAGCAUCGCUGCCGCGUGCCAGAAGCAUAAAGGCUCUUUGCUCGCCUACCUGCGCGCCAACAACCCCGACCCCACCGCGGACCUGGGCGUCACCAAAGAAGCCAUGGAUACGUACAUCAAGUCCUGUGCCGGAUACUGCGUCAUCACGUACCUUCUCGGUGUCGGCGACAGACAUCUGGAUAACCUGCUGAUUGCGCCCUCGGGCGCUUUCUUCCACGUCGAUUUCGGCUACAUCCUUGGUCGCGAUCCGAAGCCCUUCGCGCCGCAAAUGAAGCUCUGUCGGGAGAUGAUCGAGGGUAUGGGCGGCGCCACGCAUCCCAAUUAUCUCUCCUUUAAGGAGUACGCAUUCACAGCGUGGUCGACGCUGCGCAAGAGUAGCAACUUGCUGUUGAAUCUGUUUGCGCUCAUGCAGGGCGCUAACAUUCCGGAUAUCAAAGUCGAAAGAGAGGGCAGUGUGAGAAAAGUCCAGGAAAGAAUGUGGAUGGGCAAGAGCGAGGGCGAGGCUGCGGAGAUGUUUGAGCGGCUCGUUGAGGAGAGUAUGGGUGAUUGGAAGGCGGGGGUUAUCGAUUGGGCGCAUGAGUUUGUGCAGACUUAUUGGCGUAAAUGA